UUUUGAUAGAAGGACAUGUGGAUCUGUAGAAUAAGCAUCAACAAAUCUCUCUUGUUUGUUAGUGAGAGAAAUCGCAAGCGCAGACCUAUGUUCAUCCCAGAACAGAGAGGUUGAGGUCAGUUUUUCCGCAUGUAUGCGUAACCAUGGUUUUUCAAACUCCUCAUCAGAACCAGUGGACACAUGUGCUGUACAAGACAGGUCAGAUGCGUAUUCUGUGAGGAAACAAGCUGUCGAGCAGCCUGUAUGAGGGCCUCAGUUACAGCCUCUCCCUUCAGCAGCCACUGAUAAGAGUAGAGCAGCGGCUCUGAGCUGAAAUUAACACAAACAAAAGAAAGAUUAUUUACAUUGUCCGUGGUUGUGACCUGUACUCCCUCAGUGGAAAUCAGUGAAAUACCUAAACUACACAUGAGAUCUCUUCCUAAUAGAUUAACUGGGCAUAAGUUUGAAAGCAAAAAUAAAUGUUUGAGUGUCUUGCCGUCUGAUGUUGUGCAAGACAGAGGCACAGUAAGUUUUUCUUUUAUUGUCUGGUACGUACAGUAAUUAUUAUUACUUCUCUCUAAUAGUCGUCUUCCCUUUAAUAGUCAUUUAUAGUCUGUUUCAGUCAGUUUGAGUCUUCCUAUAGUCUGUUUUGUUUUUCUAUAGUCUGGUUUUGUUUUGUUUUUCUACAGUCUGGCCAGACAAACCUAUACACAGUAAAUUCUGCAGUGUAAAGUAUACAGUGACAAAAUCUGUGAACACUUCCAGAGUUCUUCCAACACCAACAAGAUAAAAUACAUCCACCAUUACAUCAAGUGUUGUUGUUAAUAUCUAGAGUUAGUCUCAUCAGUGUAAAAUACGCAGUGUGAAAGCAAACGAACACAGACAGUGUAGAAUAUUAACUCGGGACAGGUACACUGUACUCUGGAUGCUCCGCCCACCUCUGUCUCGUUUCAAAAAUCUUCAGACUGUUCUGGACGCCAUUUUCCUGCUAUGGAAGACUGUGGAGUUGAUGCCAGUUGUCAGUUUUAACAGAAGUCAUGUUGAUCAAAGCAAAACUGAACAAUGAGCAGAAAUACAUCAAGAUCAGUGAGCCAAACUUGGCCGAGUUCUUGAAUUCUGCCUUCAUGAAGUUUUCGAUGCCACCCAUCACAGACGGUGUUAAAGUCUUUGAUGAGACUGGAACAGAAGUGGAUGCAGAAGUGUUUGAGGAAGUAGCACAGCAACCCAACGCUGGUGUAUUUACGAUUAGAUUUGAUGCUGAUUCUGAGGGAACACUUUCCACUGCUUGCCAGCAGGAUUCAAAUGCAUCUCAGCCUGAUCCAGCUUCACUGGAACUUUCAGUCUGUAGUUCUGAAGGUACAGUAAUUUUGAAACUUGAAUCCUGCAACUCUGAUGACACAAUCAUCCUGGAUAAGAACAGCCCUUCCAGAAAACGCCAGAGAGAGAAUGACAAUGCCAAACAUGUAGUUGAAUCUACAUUGGCAAAGAAACCUGGUGGAGAUCGCAUUAUUAAAGAAUACAACCGAACAAAAGGGCUUACUGACUCUUCACGGCGUCAGAUGGUUAAUAUCCUUGCUGCAGACAUGACUGAAACCUAUGGGACAGCACCGCCCCGGCAUAUAAGGGAGAUGUAUGCUCAAGGCAUUGUUGAGAUGUUCCCUUAUCUCAUGGAUCCCUAUUCUAAAAAAGGAUAUGAACAUUUUUAUGACGGUGAAAGUGGGACUGGCUAUCUUGCAUGGAGGCUCAAAAUCAGAGGAGGAGUUCUUCAGCAGAAAGCAGAGGGCCAUCACAUCUGCUGGCUGGUGGUGGGCCGACAGCUAAAAGAGAGGCUUUGUUUAACCCUGAGGUGAUCUUAAGUGAAGAGCAAUGCAAGGAGGCCAUGUCUUUAAUGAAAUACUGUUCUGAUGAAGCCACUAUCAAGGAGAAGAUGAAAGUUACAUUUGAGCGUCGCCGCAACAUGGUUUUGGACAAGGAAAAAUCUUCAUUCGUCUUGGAUGAAUUUCCACGCUUUAAAGAUGUUGAAGGCUUGAUUGCGCAAGAUUUCCACCUUCAGUUUGGACACGAUGUAGCUGCCAGGCUUUUGGAAAGGUGGCCUACAACAUUCAAGCAAAAGGUUAUUCAGCAGAGCAAGACUCUGCCCUCCUCAGCCGACCUUGAAGUGCUGAUCCAAUGUGCAGAAGCCACCUCUGAGGAAGUGGACAUGGAUGACAUUCUUGUCUCUGGAUGGGACAGUGAUCUCUCCUCAAUUAUCCUCCUCCUUCACCUGAUUCCUCCUUCCGCCCAAGGCCGUAAAAGACCAGGCAGAGUGUCGGCAUCCCAAGCGGAGAAGCAUCUUGUUGUGUUCAAGAAGAGUGGAACAAGUAUUGAAGAACACGUGGAUUCUAUCAACACUAGUAAGCAGCCCUAUCUACUUGCUCUCGGCAGGAAGAGGAGCACCAUCCACAAGUUCGUCAUCAUUCUGGACAAGCAGGUUAUACCGUGCAAAUCAACAACCUCUCUUGGGGCGUUUGAUGAGUUGUUCAAAGCACACUUUGUGUUUGGUACUACGUAUAAUCAGAUGCUGCACAACAUGUACACCUUCAUACAGACGACCAUCUUCCAAAUAGAUAUUGGCAAAGUUCGUGAGAGCCCACGUGUGGCAGAGAUUAGGGCAAGGCUGUUACACUAGACAAUGCAUUCACUAAAAUGUAAGCAACCUAUUUGUUGCUCAUCUAUCUAUGGGAUUUUUAUUUUAUUUGUAAUUUUUUGUUGAUGUUGGUUAUUACAUUUGUCUUUUAAUACAAUGGGUCUGAUUUGUUUUGUUUGCCAGACUACUUUUGGGAGUACAAACUUGCUUGUGAGACAUAUGCGAUUGAUUCAUGGAUUUCACCCUGGUAAAUCACUUCGCCUAAAGUGUGGUCAGGCAGGGUGCUGCCAUUUUUUUUGGUACCUUUGCAGGCUUAAGGAAACAUUUAAACACGCGACAUGCUCAAGAAAUUGCAGAGCAUGGGGUCAGAAGUCACACUGUAGCCUGUGAUAAUGUUCCAGAUAAUGUUCUGUCCCAUGAUGUUGAAGCAGCCGGUAGCUCCCAAGACAGUAGCUCUCAAGACCUAUCAGGGACCAACAGAAGCAUUUGUGAUAUGUGUGGUUCUGCUAUUGCACAGCUUCAAGUUUCUGGUGUUGGCCAGUCUUCAUUGAAUAGUUUUGUUCUGUCCAUGGAGGAAGUGGCACUGGAGAUACAGAGUCAGGCUAAAGAAGCAGCCUUAAAAUGUGUGCAUUCACAGGAUACUAGUACAAAAGCUAAAAUUGAGCAAAGUUUUAAACAACUUGAAAAUCCUUUUACAUCAUUGAAUUCAGAUUCGAAGCGAAGCCUUUAUUUUAAAGAAAAAUAUAAAACUAUUGAGCCAGUGGAGAAAGUACUUGGUGUCAGAUUUGAGAACAGAAGAAAUAGAUGUACUGGAACUUAUGAUCAGGUAGUUGUUACAGAUAAAUUUGCUUAUGUUCCAAUUUUACAAACUCUGCAGUCAAUUCUAAGUAAUCCACAUCUUAGUGAUAUCUUUACAUCUAGUCACACUCCAAAUGAUGGUGUAUAUUGUGAUAUAAAAGAUGGGUUGUAUAUGAAAAGGCAUCCUCUUUUUUCAAGCAAAAAUUUGGCAUUGCAAAUUCAAUUAUUUUAUGAUGAAUUCGAGACAGCUAAUCCUCUUGGAUCCAAAAAAGGUGUCCAUAAAUUGGGAGGUAUAUACUUUACAUUGAGAAAUUUUCCACCAAAGUUAAAUUCAUGUUUAGUCAACAUACAUUUGUGUGCACUUUUUCAUGCCCAAGACAUUAAAACCUAUGGAUUUGACACUAUACUUGAGCCAAUAAUCAAUGACUUGAAAGUGCUGGAAACUGAUGGGAUUGAAGUUCCUGUGUUCAAAAGUCCUGUUCAUGGCAGCAUUGUACAAGUAACAGGGGAUAAUCUUGGUUUACAUGGACUGUUUGGGUUAGUAGAAUCAUUCAGUGCUCGGAAUUGUUGUCGAUUUUGUGUCAUAGACAAAAGUGAUUUUCAGACGGUUUUCUGUGAAGAUGACCAGAGUGUAUUAUUUCGAACAAAAGACAUGCAUGAAAAGCAUUGCCAUACUCUACAAACAAAUCCACAGCUACCUCAUGUAUGUGGUGUUAAGCGUUCAUGUUCAUUGAAUUCUCUGAAAUAUUUUCACACAAUUGAUAAUUUUUCUGUUGACAUAAUGCAUGAUAUUCUUGAAGGAGUUGCACAGUUUGAAGUGAAACUUAUCUUGGAGUAUUUGCAGAAGAACAUCUUGACUUCAAAACAGUUAGCACGUAGAAUAGAGUCAUUCAACUAUGGUUACACUGAGAGGAGAAAUCGCCCACCUGCAGUUAAGUUAAAUGAUGGAAGUAAUGAUUUGGGCCUGAAUGCCAUCCAGUCGUGGUGUUUGUUGCGCAACAUGCCAUUAAUAUUUGGUGAUUUAAUAGAGAGCGACAAUGAAUACUGGCAUCUUUUACUGUUGCUUGAGCAGAUAGUGGAUAUUGUUUUCUCUCCAGUCAUAACAUAUGGCAUGACCAUCUUUUUGAAGCACAUAAUUGUUGACCAUCACCGGCUUUUUAAGCACCUGUUUCCUGAUAGAAAUCUCUUGCCUAAGCAUCACUUUAUGUUACACUAUCCUAGAUGUAUAAGGAAUAUUGGACCAAUUGUGCACACAUGGUGCAUGCGUUAUGAGGCUAAGCACAAAUUUUUCAAGACUCAACUAAAAAGUUACAAAAACAUCACAAAGACUUUAGCUAAAAAGCAUCAGAGAUAUAUGGCCAUGUGUUGGGAAUCUUUUACCCAGUGCAGAUUAACAAUUGGUCCAGGAAAAAUGGUGCAGCUUCAAGAUUUAAAAGAAGGUCCAGAGUUUGCGGUCAAAUUAAACUCUGCAUUAUCAACAACUGUCUUGUCUGUGAGGUGGGUAAAGCACUAUGGCACUGAAUAUCGCCCUGACUUAUUAGUAUGUGUGGAGGUAACUGAUGAGAUGCCAGUAUUUUGUAAAAUUAAGACUAUAUUAGUGAAAGAUGAGCAGAUUUUACUCAGUGGCACUGCUGUUGAAACCAUUUGCUUUGACAAACAUUUUCAUUCAUUUAAAAUUGUGUUUAGGCCAAUUCAGACACUUAAGGUAUUCAGUGUUAAAGACUUGCUGUAUUAUAAAACAAUGGAUGUUCAAAUGGCAUAUGGAUCAGCAGAUUCUUCACUUUUUAUAGUUCCAUACUGCCAUCUAAUGAAGCUUUGACCAGAAAGUUCUAAAGAUUUGAAUGUUUGUUGGCUAACAUUUCACUAUGUAUUUGGUACAUUACCAAAAUCUGACUGUUAUACUGCUGCUUUUAAUCGGUCAGCACAGUAAAAUGUUGGUUCUGUCAUUGAUAUUGUUAGUUUUACAUGCUGCACUGUUGAACGUGAAAUAUGUUUAGCACAUAAGUAUAUACCAAGUAUAAUGUGUGUGUAUAAUUAGGUAGGUAAGUUUACAGAAAAAAACAUGUCUUCAGGGCUUUUAAUUUUGUUAUACAACUGUGAAAAUGUUAUUUGACCAUAUCAAAACCCGGUGGGUUAAUGUUUUUAUUUAUGCUUUUAAUAAAAUAGAGACAUGGAUAUGUUGAA